GGGAAAAUGAAAGAACGCAGCGAAAACAGGGGAAAAUGGCGGGAGCUUUGUAUGGGAGCUUCGCCGUAACCGCCUGUGCGAAUGAUAGCCGUGGUAGUGGUAAGGAGGACGAGAAAUUGAAAGGGUCGAAGGUUUUGGUUCUGGGCGGGACGGGUCGGGUCGGGGGUUCGACCGCUGUUGCUCUUUCCAAGCUUUCUCCUCAUCUUUCCAUCGCCGUCGGCGGCCGGAACAGGGAAAAGGGUGCUGCGAUGGUGGCUACUCUGGGGAGGAAUUCUUCUUUUGUUGAGGUGGAUUUUGAAAAUGCGGAGUCACUGAAAGCAGCUUUGGAUGGAGUGGAUCUUGUAGUUCAUGCAGCUGGACCUUUUCAGCAGACUGAAAAAUGCCCUGUGCUUGAAGCUGCUAUCGAGACCAAGACAGCAUAUCUGGAUGUUUGUGAUGACACGAAUUACGCGUUGCGAGCAAAGACAUUCAAGGAUAAAGCCGUAGCUGCAGGGAUUCCUGCAAUAACAACUGGUGGAAUCUAUCCAGGAGUGAGCAAUUUGAUGGCGGCAGAGCUAGUUCGAGUUGCAACAAGUGAGAGUGAGAGAGAGCCUGAGAGGCUUAGGUUUUACUAUUAUACAGCAGGCAGUGGUGGAGCUGGCCCAACGAUUUUGGCCACUAGUUUCUUACUUCUUGGUGAAGAUGUUAUUGCUUAUAAUAAAGGAGAAAAGGUCAAGUUAAAGCCAUUCAGUGGGAUGAUCAACAUUGAUUUCGGGAAGGGGAUUGGAAGCCGAGAUGUUUACCUGCUGAAUUUACCUGAGGUACAUAGUGCUCAUGAGAUCUUGGGAAUACCAACAGUAAGUGCUCGAUUUGGAACCGCUCCCUUCUUUUGGAACUGGGGAAUGGAAAUCAUGACAAAUCUUCUUCCUCAGGAAUUCCUGAAGGAUAGAAGCAAAGUGGGUGAAAUGGUACAGUUGUUUGACCCUCUCGUGCGAACAGUAGAUGGUUUUGCCGGAGAGCGUGUUGCAAUGAGGAUUGACCUCAAGUGUACAGACGGGCGAGAUACCGUUGGCUUGUUUAGUCACAAGAGCCUCUCACAAUGCGUUGGUACUGCAACUGCUGCUUUCGCCUUAGCAAUCCUCGAGGGAAGCACACAGCCCGGAGUUUGGUUCCCAGAAGAGCCUGAAGGAAUUGCAGUGGAGGCAAGGCAGAUUCUGCUGGAGAGAGUCUCUCAAGGCACCAUUAAUUUCGUGAUGAACAAGCCGCCAUGGAUGGUGGAAACCAAGCCUAAAGAGCUCGGAUUGGGAAUCUACGUGUGAACAGAGUGAUGAAGAGAUGUUCCUGUAUAUGUCAAGCAAAUUUUUGUAUUAAUUUUAAUUAACAUUUUUCCAUUUGUAAUUAAGUAAAUUUGGUAAACUAAUCAGUGACAUUCCUAAUCCUUAAUGGAAGCGGAUAGACACUGGAUUCAUUCCUCCACCUUUCCGAAUAAGGAAAGGAAACAAUCUUCAGAUACAUUUAUCUAUAUAAUAAUACAGAGUAGUAAAGGGUCACUCACCAUUCUUCUGUCUGAAAAAAAAAAAAAAAAAUGGAGGCCGAGAACCGCCGCCGCCGCGGUAGAAGGGAAGUGCCGGCGUGGGAGAAGCGGUUCUGCCUGGUGGUGGGGAGGAUGCCGUGGAGGGAUUUCUUGCGACGCAAGAAAUACGUUGCUUGCUGGGGAAGCAAGUGCGUCGACAGGGUCAUGGCGUGGGACGAUUCGGCAGGGUACGAGUGCUUCCGCGACGCCAAGGCGCGCUUCUGCGCGAAGAAUUGCUCCGAUUGUGGGACCCGCCGCGAGAUUAAGCCGCGGGCCCCGCUUGGGCCGGACGUGUACGUCGACGACGUCGUGUGGAGGGGGCCCAACGACGACGGCGACAGGGAGCUGCGGCGGCUGGUGGCGGAAGCAGAGGAAGCGCAGGAGAGGGAGAGGGAAUUAGCGGCGGCGAGGAAUGAUUGUGUCGUCUACUCGAGGACGAUCCCGCUGGAGGAGAUAAAGGCGACGGGGUGGGACGACGACUCGUGGCGGAAUCCGGGUUUGACCGGGAUGCUCGUCGGCGGCGACGAUGUUGGUGGUUCAGGGGGGAAGGGGAGAUGCAGGGAGAGGAAAACGAAUUGGUGUAACGGGAAAAGAUCGCCGAACGUUGACGUUUUGAGAUAUAAUGCAUAUUGACAAAAUAUUGUAAAAUCGUAUUGGAAAAGUCAGCGACAUAAUAUUUUGUACUGAG